UCUGAGCUGCGCAAUGCCAAGCGCAUGGUUGUCAAGAUCGGCACAGCGGUCGUAACUCGUGAAGAUGGAUGUGGUCUCGCCUUGGGUAGGCUUGCCUCGAUCGUGGAACAGGUGUCUCAGCUGCACAACCGAGGGAAGGAAGUGCUCAUGGUGACCUCUGGUGCCGUUGCUUUCGGGAAAGUCAGGCUCUCCAGAGCGGUUCGCUUGUCGAUGUCCAUGCGGGAAACCUUGUCCUAUCGAGAAGCAUCGGCUCAAGUCAACACGAAGAAGAGUUCUUUCGGAACCAGUGCCGCUGUAGGACAGAGUGGUCUGAUGGCUCUAUAUGACGCCAUGUUCAGUCAGUUUGGUGUUGACAUCGCUCAGGUUCUGGUGACCAAACCUGAUUUUUAUCACCCGGAAUCGAGACACUGGCUCCGUCAAACGCUGCUAGAACUGCUCUCGCUCAACAUUCUGCCGAUCAUCAAUACAAACGAUGCCGUAUCUUCGCCGACCACGAUCUUCGAGGGACCAUCAGACGGGUCCCUCAUCCAAGCCAUAACGGACAACGACUCGCUGGCGGCACAUCUGGCGGUCGAAAUUGACGCGGACCUUUUCAUCGCGAUGACUAACGUUGACGGACUGUACACCUUACCUCCGGGCCAAGAGGGUUCGAAACUGCUGCACAGCUUCUCUCCGGGACUCGAAGAUCAAGUAGUUUUCGGGGAAAAAUCCAGCGUUGGACUCGGUGGCAUGAAGAGCAAAAUUUCUGCGGCCUCUUGGGCCUUCGAAAGAGGUGUCUCCGCUGUCAUUUGUAACGCUCUUCGAGAAGGAGCAAUCUUGCGGAUUAUCAAUGGGAUGAAAGUGGGCACUUUCUUCACAAACCAUGAGACAACAAUAGAACCUCUCGAGACCUUAGCGUUGAACGCGAAAGAAGGAUCGGGAAUAUUGGAAUCCCUCACGGGAAGUCAGCGCGGCGCCAUCCUGCGUGUUCUGGCAGAUCUGCUCGUAAAGAAAUCAGCUGCGAUCCUCGCAGCAAAUUGCGAAGACAUCAAAGAAGCCGCUGCCGCUAAACUCGAUGCGUCUCUUCUCAGCAGACUUUCUUUGACUGACGCCAAGCUCGAAGGCCUCGCCUGUGGGAUCCGUUCGAUCGCACUCCGAUGUGAAAAAGAAGACGUUCUCAGACAGGUCAAGCGCCGGACGCUCAUCGCCGAUGGUCUGGAGCUGCAGCAGAUAACGGUGCCCAUCGGAGUUCUGCUCGUCAUCUUCGAGUCUCGCCCUGACUGUUUGCCUCAGGUCGCUUCCCUCGCCAUCGCUACUGGUAACGGACUUCUUCUCAAAGGUGGCAAGGAAGCUCAUCGCUCGAAUCGUGCUCUCUAUGGUUUGGUUCAAGAAGCUCUCGCCACUCACAACGCUGAACGAGCAGUUUCGCUUGUCUCGAGCCGAGAGGAUGUCGACGAGAUCCUCAGCAUGAGGAAGCACAUCGACUUGAUUAUUCCUCGAGGAUCGUCGGAGCUGGUGCGCACCAUUCAGGAGAAAGCCCAAGGCAUUCCCGUUUUGGGACACAGUGAAGGAAUCUGUCACGUCUACGUCGACAAGGAGGCUGAUCUCGAGAUGGCUUACAAAAUCGUGCGCGACGCAAAAUGCGACUACCCAGCUGCGUGCAACGCCAUGGAGACUCUGUUGUUGCAUAAAGAUCUGAUGAAAACGGAAUUCUUCAACAAAAUGUGUUCUAUCUUGAAGAAUGAGGGCGUUGUCGUGAACGCCGGGCCUCGGCUCCAUGAACAGUUGACAUUCGGACCGCCGGAGGCGCGAUCUCUCAAAAUGGAAUAUUCGCGUCUAGAAUGUGCCAUAGAGGUCGUCGAUGAUGUUCAUCAAGCUGUCAGUCACGUGAACGCGUACGGGAGUGGUCACACCGAUGUCAUCGUAACGGAGAACGGUGAGACCGCCGAAACUUUUUUGAGGUCCGUGCGUUCGGCCUGUGUCUUCCACAACGCGUCGUCGAGGUUCGCUGAUGGCUACAGAUUCGGGCUGGGAGCAGAGGUCGGAAUCUCAACUGCAAGGAUACAUGCGAGCGGUCCUGUUGGCUUGGAAGGUCUUCUGAUCACCAAAUGGCAAAUCCGAGGGAGGGGAGACGCUGUCGCCGACUUCAACAACGGGGAAAGAAAAUACUUGCAUGAAACAUUGCCUGCCAAUCCUGCGGAAGACGAGCAUUCGAAAUAGAUGGCGGCCUUAGGCUCGUUUCCUGCACUGCGUGGAUCUCUCGUCUCUUCGCUCGACGUCGUAAAUCGUUGGGCGGGAAAAUCUCCGCCAUGGGUCGUGGAGAGAAAGUCACCGGCAACACACGGCCGAUGUGUUGAGGCGCAUCUGCGAACGGCACCGAAAUCUCAUCUCACUAGGAAAUAAAGAAUCUCUACU